AGGACUGGCCCCUCUCCCGGCUGGGAGCUCCGGCGGAGCGGAGGCGCGACGGAGAGCACGAGCACAGGGCGGAGAGUGGGGAGCGGACCGCCAGAGAGGGCAUUGCGGAGAGCGAGGGCCAGACCGAGCCGCCCCAGAGGACCGAUGCGCCGGGUGGGGCGCUGGCCCCGAGGGCGUGAGCCGCCCGCAGAUUGAGCAAUUUGGGAACGCGCGGGCGGAGCGCGGGCAAGCCGGGCGCCCGGACAGUCCUGCGGCGGGCGGGUGAACCGACCGCGUCCUCGCCCCUCCCGGGCCUGCCCCCGCCGCAGCUGGCAGCGCGGAGAUGAGGAAACUGAGGUUCAGAGAAGUUAAGUGACUUGCCUAAAGGCAUCUAACCAGUGGAUGGAUGGAAGGAUGAUGCUUCCCUGGCAUCUGCAAAGCUUCCUGAAGGCUCGCUGUUUCCUUCUGCCCCCGUGUUGGUUUUUGGCAGUGUCCCUGCUGAAGUGACAGAGUUCUCCCAUGUGAAACACUGAGGUGCCUUUGAGGAAAGUUGUCUGGACCUCCUUAUGGGCAGACGGAGAAGUGGGCUCCCCACACCCUCUCUGUCCCCAGCUGAGAUUAUGGUGGAUUUGGGAUACAGCCCAGGCCUGGGCCUCCUGCUGCUGACCCAGCCCUGCAGGCAUUAGCGAGGACCCUGCACUGUCCCCCUCCUCAGAGACCACCCCUCCUACCAGGGGCCUGGAGCCGGCCAGUGACUAUGCGGCUUGGGCUGUGUGUGGUGGCCUUGGUUCUGAGCUGGAUGCAUCUCACCGAGGGCAGCCGGGGGAUCAAGGGGAAGAGGCAGAGGCGGAGUGGAAAUUCCAAUCUCCUCACUUCCCGUCUUUGUGGGAGCCUGGGAAAGAUAAAGGUUCUUCUAUGGCCACCUUCUCACCCUUGUUGCACCCUUGCAGUCAGUGUUGAGGGGAGCCAGGCCUGUUCCAAAGGCUGUGAGCUCUGCUCUGAGGUCAACGGCUGCCUCAAGUGCUCACCCAAGCUGUUCAUCCUGCUGGAGAGGAACGACAUCCGCCAGGUGGGCGUUUGCUUGCCUUCCUGCCCGCCUGGAUACUUCGAUGCCCGCAACCCCGACAUGAACAAGUGCAUCAAAUGCAAGAUUGAGCACUGCGAGGCCUGCUUCAGCCACAACUUCUGCACCAAGUGUAAGGAGAGCUUGUACCUGCACAAGGGCCGCUGCCACCCGGCCUGUCCCGAGGGCUCUACAGCUGCCAGCGGCACCAGAGAGUGCAGCAGUCCUGUGCAAUGUGAAAUGAGUGAGUGGUCCCUUUGGGGGCCAUGCUCCAAGAAGAAGAAGCUCUGUGGUUUCCGGAGGGGCUCUGAGGAGAGGACACGGAGGGUGCUGCAUGCUCCCGGGGGAGACCAUGCCAUCUGCUCUGACGUCAAGGAGACCCGGAGGUGCACAGUGCGGAGGACGCCCUGUCCUGAGGGGCAGAAGAGGCGGAAGGGAGGCCAGGGCCGGCGGGAGAACGCCAACAGGAACCCGAGCAGGAAGGAGAGCAAGGAGGCGGGCGCCGGCUCUCGGAGACGCAAGGGCCAGCAACCGCAGCAGCUAGGGCCGGCGGGGCCCGUCACACCUGCGGGGCCCACCUAGGGACGCUCUUCAGCCUCCACGCUCACGCAAAAAGAAUCCAGCGCUGCUCUGUGUUUUGACAGCUUUACUGAACUGGAGCCCCGGGGCAAAGCGUACACACACUCUCCAUAUACGCAUGGGAGCACUGGUGUACACGCAGACCCCAUGCCCAAAUGUGCAGCCACCAUACAGGCACGCGUGUGCAUACACAUGAACAGUCAAGGCCACCAGAAGGCACUUCCAUCCCUCGGACAUCCCUGUUUGAACAGGGUGGGGAAGCAGAGGGGUCAUCUCUGCCUGGCAGAGGGCCUAGUGGCACACACAUGGUUUGCGAUGCCUCCAAUGGAUGUGCCAGAGAGAACAUCUCCCAGUAUCCAAGCCCAAACUUUGCAGAGUGGAGCCUUCUGGAGGAGCUGGUAGGACCAGCCCAGUGUGGCAGACAGGAGCCAAAGCUUGAGGACUGCUUGGCCUUCCCAGCUGUGUGGCUUUAUCCUUGGAGAGGACUGUUACACACCUCAGAUCCGUAUCAGGGCUGCCCUGCUCUGAAAACUGCUUAAAGGUUUAUUUCAAAUUAAAACCAAAACCAAAUGAGAACAGUAGCCACAGGCACCACAUUCCUUUUCAGGGUUACAGGGAUUGGUGGGGUACAUGGUAGCAGGAAGGGACAGGGCUGAAUUUCAAGAGACACCCUUUCCUCAAUCCCAGUGGCCUCCUAGACAGAGGAUCCAGAGAAGGAAGAAAAUUUUAGGGAUAUUUGGAGGCGGGUAACCAGCUUCACCACAUCCUUAUCACUCAAGAGUGUGGUCCAUGAACCAGCAUUGAUAUUUUCACUGGGCAGUGUGUUAACAAUGAGAAUCUCAGGUCCCAUCCCAGGCCUGAUGGACCACAGUCUACCUUAUAACAAGGUUUCAGGUGACUGGCGUGCACACUCAGGUUUGGGAAGCCCGGCUCUAGUUACCUCUAAGGAUGGAACAAGGUCUGGCCAGCUUCCAGCAGCCAGAAUUUUGGGCAGCUCUACAAGACUUUCUGUCUGGGAGAGGUAGCAUCUAGAUACUAAAGCACUAGAGUGGCACACGUGGAAGGAGGGAGUGAUCAGGCUCUCUGAGAUGGUGGGGGAUAAUGGGACCCAAAUGCAGAACAGUGGAUGGAAUGACCUCUUGUGACAUUCUGAACUGUCCACUGAUAGCCAUUCAUACACCAGGCUCUGGACUAAGUAUUUGGUUUCCAGACGGGAGCCAGACAUGGGCCUUGCUCUCACAGAGCUUAGAGCUUGGUAGGGGUGACAAGUGUGAAUCAAGUAAUCAUUCAAAAAAAUGUAUAAUUACAAACGGGUGGAGUUGAGGGCAGGCAACCACUGGCAUGUAAACAUAGCUAUGAAAGUGAAUAGAAGUAAACAAAAAUUAAAGACUUUAUCUCAGGGAAGCUUUCCAGAGGAGGUGUUAUUUAAGCCAAGCUCUGAAGGAUGAGUAGGAGUUAAGGCAAAGAGAAGGAAUCGUAAUUCUAGAACAGUGCUGUCCAAUAGAAAUAGAAUAUGAGCCACUUAGGUAAUUUAAAUUUUUUCUAGUAGCCAUACUAAAGAAUAAAAAGAAACAGGUGAAGUUUUAAUUUUAUCUUUUAUUUAACCAAACAUAUGCCAAAUGUUACCUUCUUUUUAACAUGUAAUCCAUAUAAAAAAUUAUUGAGAGCUUUUACA